UUCUCCACAAUUUAGUUCUCUACGCCGGGUCGAAGCGAGAGCCAACAGCGGCAAUGCUUUAAUUGAAGGCUAAUUUUAUAAUGUCGCGAACGGAACGGGAAGUGUCUCAAGUGUAGCAAAAAUACAUACAGACUUACAAAAAAAAAAAAAAUACGUAGCACAAAGAAAACAAAAUUUUCAAAUAAAAAGUUGUGAAGACAGUUCAGAAAAUCAAAACUACAAUAAAAUGUCAAAGCAACUAUACCGUGUCGUUUUCCUGCCAAUUAUUUUGCUGUUGCUGCAUCAGUUUUCAUGGUUACCACUAGCAGUGGAUGCGGCUAAAAUUCUUGGCUUGUUUGCACAUCCUAGUGAAGGCCAUUUCAGCGUAAUGCAAAGUUUAAUGUUGGAGUUGGCCAAGAGAGAUCAUAAUGUGACGAUUUACAGCAGUCAUCGACUCAAUGAGCGUGUGGAAAAUUUAAAGGAAAUAGUUGUGGAACCGGAAUUUCCAUUUUGGAAGCAAUUGUUAGAAGUCACUAACAGCGAGGCAGGUGGUCUCCUGAAACUGAGUCAACUAGACGAGGCAGCAAUGCAAAAGUCACUGGCCACUGUGGGCGCCGCUGCCGUCGAUUAUUUUCUGUCGCACACAGCCGUAACUAAAUUACUUAAUUUACCUGUCAAAGAAUUCGAUUAUGACUUGGUGAUUGUCGAUUUAUUCUACACCGAAGCAUUACUAGCAGUGGGACAUUUCUACGGAAAACCCACAAUUGGUAUUGUGAGCACCAAUUUCGAGAAUUAUAUGCAACGCGUGCUGGAGCAAAUGGUGCCCACCGCCUGUUCGCCCAACGAUUACGAAACAUACCAACCGGAGCUGGGCUAUUGGCAACGCCUGACAGUCAUACGCAACUGCUUGUCACGCCGCAAGCAAUUUGUGAAGGCCAACUGGGGUGCGCAGGAACAACUAAUACGAAAACAUUUUGCGCAUUUUGAAGGUGCGAAUGUACUUAGCAUCGCUACGCUGCAGGCGGAACUGGCCAUGCUGCUGCUCAACAGUCACAUCCCACUGAUGACACCACGACCACUGCUGGCGAACACAAUCGCUGCCGGCGGCAUGCACAUACGACCGCCACGCGAAUUGCCCUGGCCCAUACGCCGCUUUCUAGAUGAGUCGCGUGCUGGCGUCAUCUACAUGAAUUUAGGCAAUGAACAACUCUGCGCAGAUAUACCGCAACACACACUGCAAUUGCUGCUCAACACAUUGGGCAAACUGAAAGAGCGCGUGGUGUGGACAUGUCAUGAUCAUGCGAAGUUGAAGGAUUUACCUGCCAACAUAAUGGUGCAACAUGCCGUGGCACAAGCCGACAUAUUGGCGCAUCCACAUGUGCGCACAUUUCUCAUGAAUGGUGAUUUGCUUAGCCUGCAGGAUGGCUUAGUACGGCAUGUGCCCAUGAUUGGUAUGCCCAUAUUCCGCAACGAAGUGCACAAUAUGGCGUUGGCAGUGCGCCUGGGUGUAGCCAUUCAACUAAGUCAUGAUAACCUAACGGAGGUGUCACUUAAUUGGGCGCUGCAGGCGCUAAAAGAAGACCACACAUAUCCAUUGACGAUACGUCAGGUUGCUAGUGCUUUUCGUGAUCGGCCGCUGGGCGCUGUGGAGACGUGCAUGUACUGGAUGGACUAUGUGUUGCGUCAUCAUGGUGGUGCACAGUUGAAAACUCUUGGUAUUGGCAUGCCAUCCAGCCAGUUGCAUCUCUUCGACUUGUUUAUUUAUUAUUUUACGGUGGCAUUGUUAAUCGUUGGAGUGCUAGUGGGUGGCUUCUACGGAGCCUUGGUAGUGCUGAGGAAGCGUGAAAUAGAAAAGAUGUACUCGAAGCUGAUGUAAUCGAGAAGCGCUUGCAUAUUAUUUACAGCUAUAAGCCAACUCUUUAAUUGUUAUACUAAAAUGGAAUUAAUAUAUACAUACACAUAAAUAUAUUUGGGCUGUAAAAGAUAAAAAUCUAGAGCAAAAUGUGACUGAAAUGUUUUUGCUGUUCGUUUCACUUCACCAUAAAAUAUGGUGGAAAUCGCCAUUUGAGACGGAUAUUAGCAAAAUAACUUAGAACAUUUUUCACAUGGUUUCACAAUUUCAAAAACUAUUCACAUUCUUUUAUAAAAAAUGGGUUGUUAUUGUGUACUAAAGGGCGUUUUUUUAGAGGCGCGAAGCUUAAA